AUCUGCCUGCUAUAUUUAAAAAGUGGACAUGAGUUUACUAACAAAACCGAAGAGUGAAAUGAAUCCAGAUGAGCUGGAGAAGAGGGAAGAGGAGGAAUUUAAUACAGGUCCACUAUCUGUCCUGACACAGUCUGUCAAAAACAACACCCAGGUUUUAAUCAACUGUCGGAACAACAAGAAACUUCUUGCAAGAGUCAAGGCUUUUGACAGGCAUUGCAACAUGGUGUUGGAAAAUGUUAAGGAGAUGUGGACAGAAGUUCCAAAAAGUGGCAAAGGCAAGAAGAAAUCAAAACCAGUCAAUAAAGACCGCUAUAUCUCCAAGAUGUUCCUUCGAGGGGAUUCCGUCAUCAUUAUCCUAAGAAAUCCUCUUAUUACUGGGAAGUAAAUUACUGGAUGCAUCAGUUCUGACCAGAAAUUCUGAUCCUCUUUUAUGGAACCAAAGUUUCCUGAACAACUUCCAGACUGUUUUUUGCUGCCUUCACGACAGAGUUAUAGGAGUGUUUCAGGAAACUGCAAUGGAUUGACUGUGUCCCUCCUACUCCC